AGUAUUAGCUGUUAAUUAUGAUAAUUAGUGUGUCAUGAGCAAACAAAAAUAUAAUGAACGUCUCAUAUAAUCAUCAUCAUUAUUAUAACAUCUUCCUUCUCUCCAUUUUCCUCCUUUAGCCCUGUUUCUGAUCACAAGAACCAGGGUGGGUGGUGGCUGAGCUAGACAAACAUGGUGGUGGGUCACGGUGGCGGCGCUGGCAUGGCCAGCAACAACCGGAACCCCACACAAGCUCGUAAGGUCAUGGUGGUGGCUGAUCCGACGAGGGAAUCCGCAGGGGCGUUGCAAUAUGCGCUUCGCCAUGCAGUGAUUGAACAAGACGAGUUAAUUCUGCUGCAUGUUGAGAAUCCUACGUCGUGGCGCAACACGAUAUCGACGUUCCUUAAGAUGCCUUCAUUGGGAAGCACCACCACCGCAUCGAUUGAUAUGGGAGGAGGAGGUGCGGCGGCGGACGGUGAAGGGGUGGAUUUUCUGGAGGAGAUGAAGCAUGCAUGCAGGGCUUCGCAGCCGGCGAUGAAAGUGAGGGUGGUGAGGGUGGAGAUGGAUGGGAAAGACAGGGCGAACACGAUUCUUACACAUUGCAUGAAUCAAGGGGUGGAUGUCGUAGUUAUAGGGCAGAAGCGCACUAUUUCUUCAGCAAUAUUAGGGUAUAAUAAGCGACCUGCAGCAGGAGGAUCUUUGAGAGGGGCAAGAAUGUUAGACACAGCAGAGUAUUUGAUCCAAAACAGCCCCUGCAUCUGUGUUGCUGUACAGAGAAAAGGCCAAAAUGGAGGCUUUGUUCUCAACACAAAAACCCAUAGAAAUUUCUGGCUCUUAGCCUAAAGGGUAAACUAAUGAAGACUUCACAUGUAUAGAGAUGGAUCCCUCUGCCACUCUUUAAAGCACACAUCAUUUCCUUAAUUUAUGAGAUUGUUUAUGGUUUGCCAUCAUGUUCUGUAAGACUGCAGAGAUCAUGGAUCUAAAGUGAAAUUUUUAAAUAGGCACAAUCAAUCACUAUUAUUUUUUAGGCACUCAAAUUAUUAUGACAUAUGUAACCAAAAGUAUUUUGAAAAAUAGAUGUAUAUUUUUUACCACAAUUCCUAAAUGUUUAUACAUGUCAAAUAAUGAUUUGAGUGCUUAUAAUAAUGCCUAUCUGAAAAUUAUUUUAGAUCUAGUGAUGACAUUUGCCCAUGUGGUCCACUUUGUUUUGCAAAUAUUGGAGGAGAAACCAUGGAUGUUAUAUCAUGUGCUUAGAUUGCACCAUACUUGUACAUUGAAAAAAUGAAAAGUGACAAUUUUUUUGAGAAAGUGAACAAAACGACAGUCCUACUGUGUCAAAAGGAGAAAAGUUUCGAUCCAGCUCAAUUGGCCCCAGAUCAAAUUUCUAUAAUGCAUGUGGACAUGUUUUGUUCAAAUAUUGCCCCCAAAACUCUACCAGAUUCUUUG